GGACUGCAGUGAGAAACCAAUGUUUUUGGAAUAACACAUGUGUCAGGGGUUUUAAAGGAAAAAUUACUUAAAUGCGUCUCCAGAAAACCUCUUCAAAGUCAUUCUGAGGAAGAUUAGAAUCGUUCCCUCCGCUGCAGCCAGAUGGUUUACUGCAGAUUGUACGAUGGCGAGGUCUGAUUGUCAAUAUGCAGCUGCUUCUCCUUGACGUUGGAGUUAUGAUUAUUAAAAUAUGAGCAUUAGGAUUUUGUUUUGUUUGAGAAACGUCAAAGAGCGACGCUUUGGCUAAACGAGGAUUUUGCCAGAUGGAGACAGACCUGAGGCUUGAGUCCAGUCUGUGGGUCGGAAAUAAGAGAUACCGGGCGGUGCUGACAGGCUGGCACUUCAACUGGACGGAGGUAGAUAAGAAGAAAACAAUUUCAGUGCCUGUGGCAGAGGUGAUUGGAGUGGAGGAGGGACGGGUAGAAAUCCUGCCCCACAAGUCUGUUGAAGACAAAGACAAAGACUUCACAGUUUUCUACGUGAAGCGCAGCAGCAAUGGUGGCUCCUCUGGUUUGGUAUGGAAAGUGGGCCGGACCCAGUUCAGCUGCCCUAGUCGGGUCCUUAGAGAUCAGUGGACAAAACAACUAAGGACUGCUGUCAAAUUGCACAGCCCAUUACGCCCACAGAGACUGUUGGUGUUUAUCAACCCCUUUGGUGGAAAGAAAAAAGGAAGAAAGAUCUUCCAUUCUGUGGUUGCCCCUCUGUUUGAGCUGGCUGGCAUCAGCUGUCAUGUAAUAGUGACUGAGCGGGCAAACCAGGCCAGAGACCACCUCCUGAAGAAAGACCUGACAGGCUUUGACGGCGUGGUCUGUGUGGGUGGCGAUGGCAUGUUCAGUGAAGUGCUGCAUGGUUUGAUUGGGCGGACACAACAAGAGGCCGGCCUUUGUGAGAACGAUCCUACUGUCACUUUACAGCCAUGUCCACUUCAUAUUGGUAUAAUUCCCGCAGGUUCCACAGACUGUGUGUGUUAUGCCACAGUGGGAGUGAUCGACCCUGUUACAUCAGCUUUGCACAUUAUCAUUGGAGACUCUCAGCCUUUAGAUGUGUGUUCAGUUCAUCACACCUCUGUUCUGGUGCGCUACUCUGUGUCUCUGGUGGGUUAUGGCUUCUAUGGGGACGUACUAGCUGAGAGUGAAAAACACCGCUGGAUGGGGCCUCUCAGAUAUGACUAUUCAGGUGCUAUGGUGUACCUGAGCAACAGAAGCUAUGCAGGCAUAGUUCAGUAUCUACCCGCAGACCCGCUGCUCUCCAGCCCCAGAGAUAAAACACGCUGCCUCUCAGGGUGCAGUGUUUGCUCCAGAAGCACAGAAAGACUUUUCCCCCACUCCUCGGACUCUGGGUCUCUGUACAGCGCCAACUUCAGCCAAUUCAAUAGUGACUCGGAAGGUGAGUGGGUGCGUGUGGAGGGCAGGUUCAGGUGUGUGUCUCUCACUUGUAUGUCCAGCUCAUGUCCCAGGAGUCCUCUGGGCCUCUCUCCGUCUGCUCACCUGGCGGACGGGACAGGUGACCUCAUCCUGGUAUGGGACACGCAUCCACUGGGUUUUCUCAAGUUCCUCCACAGGCACACAAGCACACAGGACCAGUUCGACCUGCCAUUUGUUGAGGUUCACCGUGUGAAGGCCAUCCGUUUCUGCCUCCCUGCCGGCAAAGAGGAGGACGCAUAUGAAGAGAUAGAAGAGCAGAGCAGUGGGACAGAUGAAGAGCGAGGAUAUAUUGAGACUGUAAGCAGGAGUGGCUCUCAGCAGCGGCUGGCAGAGGGGCGCACGGGGCGGGAUCUGACAAACAAGCAGAAAACAGCAAACCCCUUCCUGUGUGGUCUGUGCUGCAGUAAACCUCCGCCUGUGUCAGUGUGGAACUGUGAUGGAGAGAUUCUGCCCUUCACUGAGAUCCUCUGCAGGAUUCAUGGCCAGUUGGUGCGUCUGUAUGCCAGGGGCAUCGAGAAUAGCACGGCUGCACACGACUGCAGUGAGGAAGGUGACAAGUGUGAAAGGAGGUGCAUUCUACACAAAUAGCAUCACCUUAGAGGGGAAGAGUUAGGGUUAAUACAGGGUUAAUGUGUGAUUUUAUAGACUUGCAGUCUGUCUCGGCCCAUGUGUUCCUUAUAUUUCAGGUUCAUCCGUAGGUUUCUCAUUGCAGUAAUACAAUUAUUAUUUAUUCAUAUAUCAUUGUAUUUGCUAAAAGUGGUUUUAUUCAAACACUAUUAAAGGACUUGAUAAAUAAUA